AUUUAUUUUCAUGAUUAAUCACUUCUUGCAGAAUUGGCACCAUCCAGUAGGAGAUCCAGUUGAGUAUGAAGAAAUCAAAAGAUAUGAUGACGGAAGAAGGGUAAAUUUUUAACUUAAUAAAAAAGAGAUAUGAUAAAACAUUAAGAGAAAAAGGAGGAAUAGAGUACUAUUUAGUAUCAAAAAAAUUUAUUAAAUAAUGGAAAUAUUAUGUGGAUUAUUAUGAAGAAAUGGGAGAUUAAUAGAGAGAGGGAAGAAAGAAAGUUUUGAAAUUUAAAUAUAUUAGCCUGAUAAAAUCAAUUCAGAUUUAUUUUGCAAUGAAAAGCUAUUUAAAUAUUUACCUGAAGAUCAUGUUUAUAAUUCCAGCAUUCGUUAUUUGGAAAAUGAAUGGGAUUAUGAAUACGUAAUAUUAAACAUCAAAAAAAUUAGAUUCUUAAAGAAGUUUUCGAUCUUUUUAAAGAUAAAUACUCAUCAAUUGAACCACAAAAAAGGAUUGGAUAUUAUUAUGAGAGUGAAAAAAAAAAAAUUGUUUAUCCUAAUUUAGCUCGUGUAUAAAAAAUUACUAAAUUUAGUUUACAUUGAUUUAUUAAUCUUUAAGAGACAACAAAAUCUAUAAUGUUAAAGCAUAAGUAGACUAACACUCAGAAAUAAAAUCUUGGUUAGAUUUAUUAAAAGCAACCUUCUAAGAAGAAUAUAAAUAAAAACAGAUUAACAAUAUUAGAAUAUGGUAACCAAGACAUCAAAAUCUGAAAGUUGAUGUUCUGAUAGAAUAAUUAGAAAAAUCUUUUUUUGUUGAUGGGAAUAUUUUACAAGAAAAUUUAAUGAUCUUUCAACUUUAAUCAAAUAGAGAUAAUUGUCUAAUUUUAGAUUUUGAGUUGAAUACAUGGUAAUUUAAUAAGAUGGAAUAAUAAUAAUAGAUUGAAUAUGAUACUGAACUCUUAUUCAAUAGAGCUUUAUAAGGUUGUGGUAGAUAUGUGUGUGAUUUUCCUUUUUGUAAAUUGAAUAAUGGUUAUCUUGAACAAGAUUUUAGUUAAGAUGAUAUUAAAGGAAUUUGUUAUUAAUUAAUUGAAAAUGAGGAAGUUAAUUGGAAUCAAUUAUGUUAUCAAAUAAAAAACAAAAAUGAUAAAUUAGUUCCAUUAUAAAUGUCAGAGUUCUAAAAAGAUUUGAAUGAAGCUACUCUCAAAGUCUCUUCUUAGUUGGAAAUGUUUGGAGCUUCAUUUGUUGAAAAUUUUUACAACAAAUCUGGCAUUUAUUAAAUUGAUUCUCAAAAUGCAGAUGUAGAUUCUAAUUUAAUUAUUGAUACAUAAAAAAAAUUUAUCAAUUUCAAAAAUGGUUUAAAUUUAAUAAUAAAUAAUUUAUUUUCUUAAAAAGAAAAAAAUUUAGAACCUUUAACUAAUUUAUAUUAAUUGAGAGCUCUUUAUUUGAUAUUAUAAUUUCGAAAAUAUUUAGAAUAAAUUAUUGAUGAAAAAUCUUAAAUAAUUUUAAAAAUAAUUAGAAGACUUCAAAAGGAUUAAAAAUAAUAAUUAUCUAAAUGGUUUACAAACCUUUCAAAGGCAGAAUUUGAGGAGACAACAAAAAUUGUUAAAAAAUUAAUAAAUUCUGAAAUUUUAAGACAACAACAUACUCCAUUGAUGCCUUUUCUUGAAAUAGAAGAUUCCCAAAAAAUGGUAGGUUUAUUUGAAUUAUUUUAAAUUUUACAAGAAUCUAAUAAAUUAAAUACUAGAUUAUAAACUUCCGAAUUUGUAAUUGAUUUAAUAACAAAAUUGUAUAAAUAGGAUGCCGAUAAAGAAGAAUUUUCACAAUUUCGUUAUUAUGCAGCAAAAUAAUGGAGAAAUUAUUCGUUUACUUUUUGUUUAUAUUCUUGGUCAAUUCCAAUUGAAUUUAAAUCAAAAUUAUUGAGUCUAGAUUGUAAGGUCAAAUAACAUGAUAGUAUGAGCCACUCAGUAAAAUAUCAUUUUACAGGAUAAGCUCCCUAUUUAAGUUUAUCUAUAGAGAGAAAUAAUAUUAUUGAAUCAGCAAUAAAAUAAUUAUAAAUAACUCAUAUUCCACUAAAGAAUCCUUUGAAAGUGCAAUUUAUAGGAGAACAAGGCGUUGAUGAAGGAGGUCCAAAAAGAGAAUUUUUUAGAUUAAUUAUGGAGAAAUUGAUUUCACCAGAUUAUGGUAUGUUUAUUCCAAAAAAUAAUGGAACAAUAUAUUGGUUUAAUCCAAAGUCUUUUGAAAUGCCAAUAUAUUACUCAUUAAUAGGAAAAUUGUUAGGAUUGGCUCUCUAUAAUUAAGUGCUAUUAGAUGUGAGAUUCCCAACUGUUCUAUUUAAGAAAUUAUAGAAUGAAAAGGUUACAGAAGAAGAUUUAAAAGAAUUAGAUAUGGAAAUUUAUACAGGAUUUUAAUAUUUGAGAGAACAAACUGACUCUAAUUUAAUUUAGAGUCUUGCUUUAAAUUUUAAUGCAAGUUAUGUUGUAUGGGGACAAGCUUACUUUGAUGAUUUGAAAGUAUAAGCAUUUCUCAUAUAUAAAGCCUAAUGGAUUUUAAAUUAAUGUUACAAAAGAAAACAGAGAAGAAUAUAUACAAUUAUAUACUGAUUGGUACUUAAAUAAACUGGUUAAAAAUUAGUUUGAUUUAUUAUAUUCAGGAUUUAAAUCUGUAGUUGAUGGAGAUGGUAUUAAGGUAAAUUAUAAUUUCUAAAAUUAGUUAUUUUCAGGAGAAGAACUUUAAGCAUUGAUUAUAGGUUUACCACACUUUGAUUUAAAGGAUUUAGAAUUAGUUACAAAAUAUGAUGGCUAUGAAGAUAAAUCUGAGUAUAUAAGGUUUAAAUUAAUGAUUAUAUUGUUAGAUACUUCUGGUAUUGUAUACAUUCCUUGAGUAUAGAAAUGUAAAAGAGAUUUUUGUUUUUUUGCACAGGCACAGAUAGAAUCCCUGUUGGAGGAUUAAAAUCAAUUAAAUUUGUUAUUUAAAAACAUGGUGAAGGUAAUUAUGAAGGAUUAUAUUAGAUACUGAAUAAUUACCAUCUGCUCACACUUGCUUUAACGUUUUAUUAUUACCACUUUAUAAGAAAAAAGAAAUAUUGAAAGAAAAAUUAAUGAUAUCUUUAGAUAAUGCAGAAGGCUUUGGAUUAAUGUGA